GUGUGUGUGUGUGUGUGUGUGUGUGUGUGUGUUACCAUUGCUUUAUUGUUAGUUUUAUCAAUUAGCAGUUUAGAUUCUAGUACUAGUAAUUUUGGAGGUUUCUGGGUUUUCAAAAGCAUAAUUAGACAGUGACCGCAAAUUUAGGCAUUGUCUGGAAGUUCCCAUUAAAAACUUUGAUUUGAAUUCUUAUUAUAAAACAAGUUGUGUAUUUUAAUUGUUUUUAUUUAGCCACCACCAGCUAAAGUCCACAACCGUAAUAAGACCGGAACUUGUGCUCUAUAAAUUUUGUUUCGGUCAGGGGACAUUUUAUAGACGGACACGAAAACGAAAGUGUUUUCAUUUGUAGCAUUUACUGAAAAUUACCAUUAUUUAUACUGAAAAACGUGUUGGCAGUCACGGAAUCUAUCGUCUUUUUAUAGAAAAAAAUACGAUAUUUUUAACAACAUAGCUAUAGCCAGCUAGCAGGUGGCUAACGCAGCUGUACGUUUUUGUUAGCUGUCCGUUAGGUACGUGCUAGCAGAUGGGAAGCCUCAACAAUAUCAAUGCGACUCUGUGGUUAUAGUUUAUGUAGUUUUAAAUUUAGUAUAAGCAGGUUUUAAGAGUCAGUUUCACUGUUCGCGUUCGAGAAAGAAAAAAAGGACACGGAAAUUUCGCAACACAGUAAUGUGAUCGCGAUUAUCGUCAAUAAAUGGGUGUAGGCGUUGAUUUGGUGGUGAAGUAAUGCCCGACCAUGUUGCUCAGCACAGCCCUGGUUGUGUUUUAGUUGCGAACAGACAGACUCGGUUAGCCUAAGAGAAGGAUUUCCACCUGUUUACCUGCAAAAUGCCCGGAAUGGUGGUGUUUGGACGGCGGUGGGGGAUCGCCAGUGAUGAUCUAGUGUUCCCGGGCACCUUUGAGUUGUUUCUACGUUUGAUCUGGUGGAUUGGAACUAUGAUCUUGCUCGUUUACCACAAGGGUCAUUUUGAUUGUAACGGGAGACUGGUUUUACACAGCUACCUGGUGGGACUGCUAGUUGUGCUGGGGCUCAUCAUCCUGUCACUGUGUGCCAUCGUGUAUGUGAGCGCUCAAGGCACGAUAACGAACACGGGUGCGCGGCGCUCCAUGCCUAUGCUGGUGUACCUGCGAGCUCUCCUUUACAUUCCUGAGCUGGUGUGGGCCUGYCUGGGAGCUUUCUGGGUGUCUGACGAUGGCCGAGGUUGCGACCCAGCCACCGUGGGCUCGGUCAUUGCUGCCGUGAUCGCGAGCUGGAUCAUACUGCUGUUCACGGGGUUGGGUGUAGUUUUCGUCUUCGAUCCACUGGGAAACCCCCGUCCUCAGCCCGGCCCCGUGGAGCCGCUGGGGGUGCGGCACCUGGAGAGCAGCGGGGGCUCCCAGUUCCUGGUCACUGCUCGCACSCUGGCCACCAAAGUGUGGGAGUGUCGGCUGCGGCUGCUGUGCUGCUGUCUGCCGCAGAACGAGAGCCACCAGGCGGCCUUCUCCAGCAUCUCGCAGCUGUUCAGCGACUUCUUCUCGGACACAGACCUGGUUCCCAGUGACAUCGCAGCAGGUUUGGCUCUGCUGCACCAGGAGCAGGACAAGAUGGAGCGCAGCAGAGACCCAGAAGAAGUCGUUGUUCCCCACAGCCCUUCCUCUCCUCUCGAGAACGAUCUGCAGGCAGAGCUGGAGAAGUCGGCCCACUAUAUGCAGUUCGCGGCAGCGGCUUACGGCUGGCCGCUGUACGUUUUCUCCAACCUGUGCACCGGACCCUGCAGGCUCAGUGGAGACUGUGUUUUCAGCUGCAGGACUCGGGCUGCUGAGCAUGACGUCGUUGAAGGAGAUCACCUCGGCUGCCAUUUCUCCUCCAUCCUACAGACCACCGGACUGCAGUACAGAGACUUCAUCUAUGUCAGCUUCCACAACCAGAUCUACGAGAUCCCAUUUUUUGUGGCCCUGGAUCAUAAGAGGGAAGCGGUUCUUGUGGCGGUCAGAGGAACUCUCUCACUGAGGGACGUCCUGACGGAUCUGUCUGCUGAGUGUGAAAACCUGCCCAUCGAGGACGUUACCGGAGCCUGCUACGCUCACAAGGGCAUAUGUCAGGCGGCGGGCUACAUCUACAAGAAGCUGAUUAAUGACGGCAUCCUGAACCAGGCCUUCUCUGACGCCCCGGAUUAUAAGCUGGUCAUCRCUGGUCACAGUCUGGGUGCGGGCACAGCUGCACUGCUGGCCAUCCUGCUGCGCAGCUCCUUCCCCACCCUGCAGUGCUACUGCUUCUCUCCACCAGGGGGCCUCCUGAGUAAAGCUUUAGCGGAUUACUCAAAGGACUUUAUACUGUCUGUGGUGCUGGGAAAGGAUCUGGUUCCCAGGUUGAGCAUGCCCAACAUGGAGGAUCUAAAGAGACGAAUCCUUAAAAUAGUGUCAAACUGCAGUAAGCCUAAAUACUGCAUCCUGCUGCGGGGGUGUUGGUAUGAGCUGUUCGGAGGAGAUCCAGACGACUUCCCCACCGAGAUGGACUGCAGGAGGGAGCACCAGCUUAGCCAGCCGCUGCUAGGGGAGGAGUCGCUGAUGAUUCGCCCCUCAUCGUCCUAUCAGAGCCUGGCGUCGGAUGACUCCCCAGCCCACACAGCUCCACACCUGCCCCUCUUCCUGCCUGGGCGCAUUCUGCACAUCACAGAAGACGGACCGUCGAGGAGAUCCUGUUUCUCCCAAGUUCGUUACCGUGCAGAGUGGUCUAAUGAAAUGGCGUUCCGGAGUAUUUUGAUCAGUCCCAAGAUGCUCACGGAUCACAUGCCCGACGCUGUGCUCCGGGCCCUCAAUAAUCUGUGCACCGACAGCUCCUCUCUCCUCUGCUCGUCGUCCUCGAACAACAACCUGCACAACACUAUCUGAGGACGCACAGAUUGGACUCAGUCAUGUGUCAGACUCAACUAUUUCUGAAACAAACUUUUGUUUACGUGUCAUAUCAGAUUCAAGCCACAUCCUUGAACCCAUAAUCCCAAUUUUUUCCUUUUUUCACUCUUGGUCCCAUGCCUGAUAAUUGGGCUAUUCCAAAUCUGCAAACAUUUGUAUUUGAUUGUAACGGUCAUGAAGUAUUGGGCGUUAUGCAGUUUCCUGUUUGGGUUUUUAAAAGUGAUUCUGAUUUGUAAAGAGAAAACCAAAUUAGAGCACAGAGGCAUUGUUCAGUUGCACUUUUUAUAAUUUAAAAAAAAAAGAAAAUGAGCCUUUAUGCCGUGAUAUUUAAAUGUGUGAUAUCUAUAACCUAAACCUUUUGUCAGUUUUGUGUCGUGUGAGAGGACACUGCAAGUCUGUGCUGGCUGCUGAGGAGGAUUUAAUUCUCAUCGGCAGUGCAAAGAUGUAGGAAUAACUCAUGGUGCUGUGUGGUAAUUGUAGUUCGAGUCUUGUGUUUACUGUUUUGAGACAUCAGGGUGAGCAGUGCCUAUGCAUUAUGGACAAAAGGAAAACAGAAACCAUUUCAUUACAGAAAGRCAGUGAGUGCAGUUUGUUUACAGUGAGUUAUGCAAGUACAAUAUGCCCAAACCUGACCGAAAAAGUCAAAAGAUUGUGCUAUACAUUUUCCUCAAGGGAAGUUUAUAUUAAUUUUUUUUGCCUGCUUAACUAUUUCAUAUCCUCUUAUGAAUGCAUUUAAUGCAAAUAAAGCAUUUGUGAACUACA